AUGAAGUAGAAGAAUUUAAAACUAUUAUGGUUGAAUAUAAAACAUCAAACCUUGCUGAUAUUUACAAUCCACUUCAUGUUGUAGAUAAAGAAAGGCCUUCAAACUGUAAAUUUGUUAGUAGUAUUAAAAAAGAACAAAAAUAUGGUGAUGCUUCAAUUCAUGAAUUUUACAAAUAUUACACAUGUGUUCAACUUGGGCACAACUUUGCAUUUCAUAAGAAGAAUAUAAGCCAUAAUCAAACUCAUGAUAAGCAAAGAAGAAACUAA